UCUGCCUUGUGAGCCCUCUGUCUUCUCCCGGGAGCGGCAUGGCUUCGGUAUUCGUGACCGCUCCGGGCUACAGAGUCCAACAAGAAUUGGUGACAUUCAAGGAUGUGGCUGUGGACUUUACCCAGGAAGAAUGGAGAAACUUGGAUCCUUGGCAGAAGGAGUUAUACAGGGAUGUGAUGCUGGAGAAUUAUAGGAACCUUGUCUUCCUAGGACUUACAGUUUGGAAACCAGAUGUGAUCGCCCACUUGGAAGAAGAUAAAGGACCCUGGAUGCAGGACAGGGAAAUACUAACAACCAUCAGUCCAGAUUGGAAAACUAGUCUUAAAACCAAGGAACCAACUUAUGAAAAAUUGAGAAGGAAUGAUUCUCAUAUUCCUAAAUUGGGAGAAUCCUGGGAAUAUUAUGUAGGAUUGGAGGGACUGAAGCAGGAGAUACAUUCUGGAAUUCCUACUGGAAAAAAACUUCAUAAAAGUCAUGAAUACAUAGAAGCCAUUUGGAGUACACACCUUGUUGAAUGUCAGACAAUUCAUAGUAGAAAAAAGCCUUAUGAAGAUAAUGAUUGUAGGAAAGCCUUACCUUCCAGCUCAUUCUUUAUCCAACAGCAGAUCUUACAUACUGCAGAGAAAUCUAAAGAAUGUGGAAAGACAUUUUGUUGGGACUCACAAUCUACCGGACAUAAAAGACUUCAUACUGGAGAGAAGUUUUAUGACUAUCAUGUGUAUCCAGUAGAAUUCUCUUAUAGCCAGUACUUUAACAACCAUCAAAAAAUUCAUAAUAGAGAGAAGCGUUAUGAAUGUAAUUAUUGUGGGAAGGUCUUCCGUUGGAGAUCACAGUUAACUGCACAUCAGAGAAUUCAUACUGGAGAGAAACCUUAUGUAUGUAACUAUUGUGGAAAGGCCUUCUGUAGGAGAUCACAAUUAACUGUCCAUCAGAGAAUUCAUACUGGAGAGAAGCCUUACAAGUGUAAUGAGUGUGGAAAGGGAUUCCGCCAUAGUACAGAGCUAAAUCUUCAUCAGAGAAUUCAUGCUACAGAGAAGCCUUACACAUAUAACAAUCAUGUGAAGGUCUACAACCAAAAUUCAGACUUGAUGCUACAUCAUAGAAUUCAUCCUGGAGACAAUCCUUAUGAAUGUAACUAUUGUGGAAAGGCCUUCAAUCAGAGUUCACAGUUAACUCGACAUCAGAGAAUUCAUACUGGAGAAAAGCCUUAUGAGUGUAAUUAUUGUAGGAAGGCCUUUCGCCAGAGUUCACAUUUAACUCGGCAUCAGAGAAUUCAUACAGGAGAAAAACCUUACAAGUGUAAAGAGUGUGGGAAAGGCUUUCACCAGCGUUCAGAGUUAAUCCCACAUCAGAGAAUUCAUACUGGAGAGAAACCUUAUGAAUGUAAUUAUUGUGAGAAGGCCUUCCAUCGCAGCUCACAAUUAACUCGACAUCAAAGAAUUCAUACUGGAGAAAAACCUUACAAGUGUAACUACUGUGGAAAGGCUUUCCACCAGAGUUCACAGUUAACUCUUCAUCAAAGAAUUCAUACAGGAGAGAAGCCUUAUAAAUGUAAAGAUUGUGAGAAAGCCUUCCACCGCAGUUCAGAAUUAACUCUGCAUCAAAGAAUUCAUACUGGAGAAAAGCCAUAUAAAUGUAAGGAUUGUGGGAAGGCUUAUAACCGGAAUUCAGAGUUAACUUUACACCAGAGAAUUCAUACUGGAGAGAAGCCUUAUGAAUGUAAACACUGUGCAAAGACCUUCCGCCAAAGUUCACAUUUAAAUCGACAUCAGAGAAUUCAUACGGGAGAGAAACCUUAUAAAUGUAACUAUUGUGGAAAAGCCUUCCGCAACAAAGAACAUCUUAUCAUACAUCAGAGACUUCAUACUGGAGCCUUAUGAGUGUCAUGAAUUUGGGAAAUUUUUCCAUAAGAAUUUAUAAUUCUAUUUCAGAGUAUUCAUACUGAAGAGUAGCAAUAAACAGACUGAUUGUGGGAAAACUUAUACUUAGAGUUCAUGGUCAAUCUAACAUCAGAGAUUUCAUUCUAGAGAGAAGAAACAUCAAAGAAUUCAUUCAGCAGGCUUUCCACAGAAAGUAUUAUGUAACUAAACAACAGAGAACAUAUUGGAUAGAAGACUUAUAAAGGUAAUUAUCAUGGGAAGUCAUUUCAUAUCAAAAUAUAUCUUACUUGACAGAGAUGUCACACUAAGGAAGAACCUUUUAAGUGAAUGUGGGAAAAUCUUUCAGAUUUUCAGAAUUUCAUAAUUAGCAUUAGAUAAAUUCAUAUUAAAAAUAAAUCUCACAAUGUAAUGAUUGUGAAAAGGCUUACAACUGGAGUUGAGAGUUAAUUGACAUCAGAGAAUUAAUACAAGGACUUUUAUUCUACAUCAGAGACUAGUUGGGAGAGAAAACUUGUAAAUGUAGUGAAUGUGGGAAAAUCUUCCUCAAGAUCUCAUACUUUGUCUCAAAUAACUCAUAACAGUUUUAAUAAUUGCAAGACAACCAAUAGCCAGAGUCCAUUCAACAUUAUAGAAUUUAUACUUGAAAGAGAACUUCUGAAGACAGCUAUCCAGGGAAGGUCGUUAUCAAAGUAUAAUUUAGAGUAAGAUGUUAUACUAAAUAGCCUUAUCAAUGUCAUGAUUAUGGGGAGAACUUCUGAUAAUUCUCAUAGUGGACUGUGCAGCAAAAAUUCAUAGAAAAGUAGCACCUUAAAGUAUAUUUAUUGAGAAAAAAACAUUCUAUUGAAGCUCAUGGCUUGCUGAAUAUCAAAAAAUUUAUAAUGGAAGAAAAUUCUACAAACAAUGAAUUGUGGAAAGACCUUAUGGCUGACAAUACCAGAAUUCCUACAGGAGAGAAAACAUGGAUAUGGAAAGAUAGCACACGUGUCUCAUGGAACAUUAGGAAAUUCAUGUUAAGGAGAAGCCUUUUGAAUUUAACGAUUGUGGUAUUGACAUUUCAUACUUUAAUCAAAAUCAGAAGGCAUAAUGAAGAGAAGCUUAAGAAAUGCUAUGAAUAUGGAAAGAAUUUCUGCUGAAGUUUGAUUUUAUUAUUGAUUUGUAUAAAAAAGUGAUAUUUUAUCAUUGAAAUUAACUGGGGGAAGACAUUCUCCAAUAACACAUAUCUAGGGAACAUCAGAAAUCUCACUCUGGAGAGUAGCCUUAUGAAUGUAGUAUGAUGAAAGGAGGAUAGGCUUUCAGGAAAGCAGAAUUCUGGAGAAAUUCUUCAUUUCUGGAUUGUAUCCAGAAAUACUGGAGAAAAACUUCAUGAAGAGAGAAUCUUGUGAAUAUAAUUACCUUGAGAAGCUUUUACCUUAUUCAGUUGAACUGAGUCAUGAUGAAAUUGGGGAUAAUAAGUGUUUGGAAGAGAGCAUUUUGGGAAAUAGUUUCAUAUCUGAGGAAAAGCAAGUAGGAUAGAGUGAUAAGAUCAACAUCUACUAGAAGUUUUGGUCUCAAGUAGAUUAAGUUAAUUCUUUAUCUAAAAGGUGAGGAAGAUAUCCCUAAGACUUGACUGGCCCAGGGAAUUAAGGCCUAGAAGGUACAGUUAAUCAAAAGAGUUUCUUGCUGGCCUCAAAUCAUAUUGAAGUGGCUUUUUGUCCCACUCACAGCAUAUAAAAGCUCAUUCAUGUUGACUCUGGCUCUUUCGAUUCCUAAGGCCACUGCAUUUAUCAUAUCCUUGUGUACUAACCUGCCUCAUUUCCAUAAGGAGAUAAGGAAUGCCCAAACUGCUGCAUUCUUAUUAAGUAUCCUUUACAUGCUAUAGCUAAUUAAACAUCCUUUUGUUAACUAUUGAAUGACCUAUGAGUAUCAUGUUUCAUUACAAUAUUGGAAUUAUAUUACCAGCUUGAAUCCAGCUCAGUUCACAUCAUUUAGCAUAAUUAAUGUAAAAUGAGUGCAGGAAAGGACAUUCAGGGAAAAUACAUUUAUUACCAGGUCCAUUCUUCCCUCCUUGUUUUGAACUGCCUUGGAGAAUUUGAGAUGCCAGUAGAAAAGUUGCAUGCGACCUAGCUUAACACAUUGUGCAAAAAGAGACAAGAGUUUCCCAUUUUAAAUUUUAAAAAACUGUAAUGAGACAAACAGUUGCUAAAGCUACUAAUAAAUAGUAUAAGUGGAAAGUAUAAUGUUGGGGCAGAGAUAGGCUUAAGGAAGAAAGAAACUUAUCAGCAAAUGAUGAGAAGUAUGGUGUUUGACUAAGAAAUUUUGCUGGAAAAUAUUUCAUAUCCUCUUGAAAUCAGUUUUAUAUGCCUUGAGAAUAAAAUUUGAGAAUGAAACUUGAAAAUUGGAGGUAAAAAAAUCAAAGACUUUUCUUGUUACUCUUGCUUUUGCUUCCAAAAAUGUUUUACUCCACAAAGAGAAUAUAAGCAUUCACCACCAAGGAUCUAGGAAGGUUGCACAAGAAGCUUAAAUAGCAACCUGAAGAGAUGUUAGAGUAAGGGUGUAAUUCUGUAUCCUAUGAGUUUGGCAAGUUGUAAGAAAAUUUACUUUUCCUGAGCCAGUUAAAUCAGCUGUUAUGGAUGGAGACUGACUUACCCUUUUCCCCUUUUUAGAUAGCUUAUGACCCCAUAAAUAUGAAUUCCCAUUAUAAUCAGUUCCCUCACAUUGGGGAGAAAGUAUAGGGGGAUCCUACAUGAAAAGGAUGUGGUAAAUUGAAUAUAUGUACCUCCCCCAUUAACUUGUAUGUGUUAUGAUCAUGAGUUGGGGCAAUAAGAGCCUGUCUUCAGGUGGGUAUACUCCCUAUCUAAAUGGUAUCUUGCUUUAGCUGUAAAUUCUCCCUCCCCACAAUCAUUAAAGAAGGAGAUAGAUAAGUAGACAAAAUGACUGGGUCAGGAAAAUGGCCAGGGUACAUUAAUGCAUUCAUUGCAAAUAUGUACUCUGAGAACAGGGAAGGUGCUACAAAGCCCACCUUUCUGCUAGGUUAGUAAGUGUGUGUGGUAGGUUUCUUUCAGAGAUCUUUGAUUCCUAAAAGAGUUGAUAAGAAAGCAAAUGAUUGCCAGCCUAUGGAGUUGUUGGUAAAACAUGCAAGAAAUGUAACACAGGCCCUUUAAUCCCAUCUGAACCUGAUUAAUCUCCUAAAGUUCCCCUAUCCAUUUGGACACAAGGAACUGUUGGAGAGUAGCAACCACAUUACUCAUACCAAGGAAGACAAAGAGGUCCACUCAACUUCCCACUUGUAGGUCACCAAGGGAAGAGAUCAAGCUCCCAGAAAGCAGGAAUUAUACUGGCCCCUUUAAGUAUCUGAUUAGUAGGGCUAAAUAGAAACUCUUGAAGUUGCACUCAAACAUCCCAUGUUAUUAACACCAAACACUACCCCCCCUCCACUGGAAGGGUGCAUGAAGUAGAGAGAGUAGUGAAAAAGAUUUUCUUUCUGAUGAUGGAGAUGAAGGAAGCUAGAUUGUUUUGCUUGUACCCUUUGUAAUUCAUGAAGAAGGUAGGUGGCAUCUGAUAGUUUGUAGUGGACAAUAGAGAGCUAAACAAAAUUGUGAUCUUCAUCUCAAUGUAACUUCCUGACAUCAGCAUGGUAGGUCAAGCCGCUUAGAGUGAAUGGUACAGGAUUAUCAAUCGGUCUAACACUUUUCUCUUCCAUGGCUGACACUAUUCAGAAGCAGUUGGUUUUCACUUGGGAAGGAAUCCAGUAUGUCUUCAUCCUUUCCUAGAACCCUCUGAAUUUUCCUUCAUAUAACCAUACUCUGAUGAGGGAUUUGAAAAAGGCUUCCCUACCUGAAUUGAUUACAUAUGAUUGACCAGGCUGGAUGAGAAGCUACAUCAGAUAAUAGCCCAUGUGAUUGAAAAAUGUUGGGCAAUAAGACCUAAGAAGACAAAGGGUAUAACUAAGAAUUUUGGAGACUACAGUGCAUAGGGAGAAUCCAAAUGAUUCAGGACACUAUGGGACAAGUUACCUAUACUUGGCUUCCCCAAAAUGAUUGUAGGGAAUCCAGCAGCACAGUAGCUAGAGUAUGGAACCUGGAAUCAGGAAUACCUGAGUUCAAAUCCUUCCCUAGAUAGCUGUGUGAUCUUAAGCAAGUCAUUUUAAUUUCAGCCUCAGUUUUCUCGUGUAAAAUGGAGGUAAUAUAACAGCACCAACUUUACAAGUUGGUUGUGAGAAUCAAAUGAAAAUAAGGCUGCUGAAAUCAUCAAAUAUGGUUUAUUGUUCUAGAGCUAGUUGGAUCAAGGAAUGAGGAUAGGGAGAAGUUCCUCCCCCCACUUACAUUUAGAUCUGGACAAAAAUAGACUUUUUGUAUGCAAAGGAUAAUGGUUUGUUGUUUUUGUUUUUUUCAACAACGCAGGUGGUAUAGACAAAUUAUGUUUUUAAUCCCAGUAUUUUAUUUAUUUUUUGUAUUGAUUUAUGUUCACAGCAUGUAUUGAUUUAUAUUCAAUUUUCAUAGUUCUUUUUCUGGAUUAAGAGAGUAUUUUCUAUUUAGAGUUUAUUGGGAUUGCCAUGGAUCACUGAACCACUGUCAAGAACCAGGUUUUUUAUAGUUGAUCAUCACACAUUCUUGCUGUUACUAUGUACAAUGUAUUUGUGGUUCUACUUAUUUUGAUCAACAUCAGUUCAUAUAAAUCUUUCCAGGUCUUUUAAAAAGCCUAUUCAUAAUUUUUUCAUAGAAUAGUAAUAUGGAAGUUUCUAUUCUUAAACACCUGGUUAAAGUGGGCUGUAUGAAAGCUUCCCCAAAGUGUCCAUUCUCUAUAUCACUUUUCAAAAGAAGUUGCUUUCUUGAGCUCUAGUUAUAUUUCAGUUAUACUAUCAUUCUGUUCAUAGUAGUUCAUGAGUUGGGUUAUGUAAAAAGCCUCUUCUAACAAGAUGUGUAAAACAUAGAAAGCUCCUAAUAUUAAACCAGAAUGAUAUAUUAAAAAUUGCUUUUGUAUAGGUUCCAUGUAUAUUAGUAUACUUCAUAAACAGAUUGUGGUCUCUGAAUUCCUGAUUCCUAAUCUAGUAGGCCCUCCUUUUUGUGGUUCUAGCUUCUGACCAAUUCUUUUGUCUAUUUUUUCUGUGGCUAGUUCUUCCUAAAAGCAAGCUUUGUGCAAUUAGAUUUUGCUGGCCUAGGGAAUGGGCAUCCUGUUAAGUACUCGUGUGCUGAGUUGCAAGCAGCAGAUGAAAGAGCAUUGAGGUCAGAUAAGAUCAUCAUGUACAUUAAUACCUGCAUGGUGACAGGAGUCUGACUAAGUGGGUAUGGCUUUGGAAAAAAAUGGGACAGGUUAAUAAAGGAUUGCCUCCUGGGAAUUCCUCAGAUACUACGAAAGAAUUUUGUAAAUGCCUCCUACCAUAGGGAAGAUGUAUUAGUAAUGAUGGGAAUAUAUACCUUCUGCCAAAUUAGGCAGUGAAAUCAAAGCCAUAAUGGGAAAGGCAGACACUGGGGAGUGGUUCUAUCAUUAAUCUGGAUAUGGGGUUACUAUGUCAUAUUGUGCUGGGUAAAGAAUCAUUAUUUGAUCCUUCUAAGGAUAAGGCAACUGUUCUUUCAUAUUUCCUCUCUUUAGGUCAAUAUUCACUUGUACCUAACUUCCUUUACCCUGAUUCUGUCCCUAGCUAGCAAACAAGAAAUUUGUUGCUGACUGACAAGAUUGGCACCUCCCAGAAGCCAUGUCCAUUAUGAGUUAAUGUCCGCCUGGGAUGGGAAAAGCCUUUUUAAAGUUCAGCAGUUUCUAGGAUCCAUACUUAAUAAAUAUGUCCAAUAUGGACAGGGUAUUUUUGGACAUAGUUCCAGCUGACCAGUUCUGCUCUAACACAAUAGGAUCUAUUUUGACUAUGUCAAUAAAUCUGCCAACUGAAGUGAAAUGGAUGAAUAUUUACAUAAAUAUAAAUUGCCCAGAUUAAUAGAAGAGAAGAUAAAAUAUUUAACCCCAUUUUAGAAAAAGGAUUUGAAUGUGCAUCAAUGAAUGCCAAAGAAAAAUUCUCUAGGACCAGACUAAUUCACAAGUUAGUUCUACCAAACAUUUAACAUACAAUUAAUUCCAAUAUUAUAUGUUAUUUAGAAAAAAAUAGGCAAAGAAGGAGACUUACCAAAUUCCUUUUAUGACACAGACAUGGUGCUGAUAUCUAAACCAGGAAGAACCAAAAUAAAAAUACAGACCAAUCUCCCUAAUGAAUAUUGAUGCAAAAAUUUUAAAUAAAAUAUUAACAAAUUCA